AUGCCGGCGCCAUUGCAAGCAUCCAACAAAUGUAAGUUCCAGAUCAUUGACGUGGACCAAGACCCACCAGGGAGCAGAGACGUCGAUGAUGCGGGGAGUGUCGAUCACAUCGGCCGCCUCCCGGACGCCGUCCUCUACAGUAUCGUCUCUCUUCUCCCCACCAAGGAAGGUGCCCGCACGCAAGUCAUCUCUCGUCGAUGGCGUCCGCUAUGGCACUCCGCUCCUCUCAACCUCGUGGUGGACCAAGAACUCAACAGCAACAACCACAAUUUGGGCGAUUUGAUUUCAAAGAUUCUCUCUGUGCAUCCUGGCCCCGCACGCCGCUUCUCGCUCUGCCUCUCUAGUAGCAAGUAUCAUGGCAAGAUCAAAGGCUGGCUUAGUUCCCAAGCCCUGGACAAGCUACAAGAGUUUGAGCUCAUCCCCGAGCGUUGGUUCGACGUCAGGGGUAUUUUCUACCUGCUGCCGUCGUCCGUCUACCGCUUCGCGCCCACGCUCCGUGUGGCCAAAUUCGGCGCCUGCCGUUUCUCCAAUUUGAUUGUGAAGCUGUCGCUCAAGUUUCCGUGCCUCAAGCAGCUCACCCUGGAUAGAGUCACCAUCUCGGAGGAUGCUCUCCACAACGUGCUCUUUGGCUGCUCUGCCUUGGAAAGCCUUGAGCUAAAUAAAAAUUCUGGCUUUGGUCGCCUCUGCAUCAGCUCCCAAACUCUUAAGAGUAUAGGCUUUUGCACUAACCAGUUUAGUGUCCCUUUCCAAAAGUUGGUCAUCAAGGAUGCCUCGUGCCUGGAGAGAUUGCUACCACUUGAACCACAGAGUAUGAUUGCUGUUGGCUUGACAACCAAAAUGCAGAGCGUGAGGGUGUUGGUUCUUGACUACACUAAUCUGGAUAUAGUGGUUAAUUUCCUCAAGUGCUUCCCCUGCUUGGAGAGGCUGCAUGUCUUUUUCCGGUUCCAGAGGAUGAGUUAUAAUAAUCGGGGGGAGUAUGACCCACCGGAACCCAUUGAAUGCCUUGAGCUGCAUCUCAAAGAAGUAUUGUUUAAGAAUUAUGACGGCACCGUCCCUUUGUGUAUUGACUUUGCCAAGUUCUUUGUUUUGAAUGCGAAAGUGCUAAAGGAAAUGAAAAUCACAUUGCCUUACCACCGGCAGUACAACUGGUUUGCUAAUCAACACCGGCUGCUGCGGACCAAAGAUAGAAUUUCUCAAGAUGCUCGGAUUGAACUGAGAUGUGGCAAUAAUGUUUAUUUCAGAGACAACAGGAACACCCAUGAUUUGUCAAUGGCUGAUCCGUUUGACGUGCCCUCCAGCGGAUGCAAAAAGUGUAGUGGAUCCCCAUUUUCAAUGUCUAGUGUUCAAAGCCCAACUUUAUGUCGCUGCUUUUUUUUUCUAGCCUGA